AUGGAAUCUCAACACCAACAUGCUACCAACACCCCUUCAAAAUCUGAUCCCUUGCUCCAAGUUGGAGAUUCACCGGAAAUUCCACAGCUUCAGCAGCACCAGCCGCCGAUGUUCAAACAAGAGCCAUCAGAAAAUGACUCCAUGGCUGGUUCCAUGCCUGCACCAAUCAUGCCAAUGUCAACACAAAUGACGGUGGCACCGCCACGGAGGCCUUCCAAGGACCGCCACACCAAGGUGGAAGGUCGUGGCCGGAGAAUCCGCAUGCCGGCGGUCUGUGCUGCUAGGAUCUUCCAGUUAACUCGAGAACUCGGCCACAAGUCAGACGGCGAGACGAUUCGGUGGUUGUUGGAGCACGCAGAGCGGGCUAUUAUUGAAGCCACCGGUACCGGAACUGUUCCCGCAAUCGCCGUCAGCGUUAACGGAACGUUAAAAAUUCCAACGACGUCUAGCGAAGGGGAGGGUGUUAGUAAAAGACGGAAAAGAGCCAGUAACAGUGAGUUUUAUGACGCGAAUGACUCGUUGUCAUCCGGUUUGGCCCCAGUUGCCCCACAAGGGCUCGUGCCCGUGUGGACCAUGGGAGCACCACCCACCAUGGGUAUGCAGGGCGCAGCUUUCUUCUUGAUCCCACCUGCAAGUAUUUCCGGCGGACCAUCGUCGGCCCACUUACCACAGUUGUGGGCCAUACCCGCCGGUGCAACCCCCGUUUUUAACGUCCCGGCAAGACCCAUAUCCAGUUAUGUGUCGGAAGGUGUUAGUUCCGGAGGUGGAGUUCAAACGCCGUCGAGAUCAGUAUCAAACAGUAGUGGGAGUGAAGAUCAAUUGGGGAAGGUUUCGACGAAAUUGGCCCCAAGUUCAGCUUCGAUUUCAACUACAAGUUCAGCUCAGAUGCUUAGAGAUUUCUCUUUGAAGAUUUACGAUAAACGAGAGCUUCAAUUCAUGAUGGGUUCUUCAACCGAUCAAAACCCAUCUUCAAAACCUUCAUCUUGAUCAAAUUCAUGAUGAACAGAUUAAUUAGUUUCAGUGCGUUUAAAAUUACAUAAUCUC